UUUUAGCUUGGGGGGACUUUGUGGUGCUGUGCUUGUUGUUGAGGAUGUCCUGGGGGCCACAUCGGAGAGCUCAUUUUAAAGUGCAGCUUGAAAUGAAACCAGCUGUUUCUGCUCGGUUCAUUACUGGGAGAGCCACCGGUGCAACUGAUUAGACUGAUGAAUCAAUAAGUGCAAUCAGUGCAGUAAUGAUAAACAUAUAAAGAAAAGCGAUGCCAGUGAAACAAGUGGGAAUGACUCGCGGGAGGAUCCUGGAUAAUCACUAAUCGGCGAGCAGUACAUAAAAGGGAGCGAGGCGUCUGUGCAGCACCUUGAUGCGGUUCAAGAACUGAAGAAAAAAACUCAACAACAACAAACAUCAAUUAUUCAGAUGUAAAGCAUCGCGGAGAGGUGGCACUGGAGCUCAAGAUGCGCUAGUCGGCGCCUUAAGAGUAAAUUUCAGUAUUUGGGUGUUGUAGUGUGCAAUGAAGCCUCAACUCGUCUAACUUGAGGAGGAGCCCUUCUCUGUAGGAUCCAUCGAGCCCACUGGGUCUCUAAAUCUCGGGUAAUAGAACUGAAAUGAUGAAAGAGCGAGUUAAGCUACAACUAUGGAGAAGAUCGGAAGGCGAAGAUGCGUUACUGAUUUGUUUUCUUUGAGCAGCGCCUCUGUAUGUAAAAUCCAAAUGCGCGCCGCACACGCAACAGCAGCCGAAAUCCAGCUAAAACUGUGCGGGGCAGAUUUACGAGGUCGCCAGAUCCAUUUUACACCUAAAUCCCACCAACUGCACUCUGUGAUCUGUGCAAGAUCUCAUGGGAGGUGUACAUUCUGUAAGACCUGUGCGCGUCUUUAUCCCCUGGCUUUAUGACCGAGCUUGGAACGACUUUUCAUUUGCGUAAAACCAGUUUUACAGCCAGGCAACCCCUCCUCUCUCGCCCCAUCUCUAUAUUCACCUCUCUUAUUGAUCCGGCUUUGAAACGCAGCUGAUUUCAACGUAACUCAUUCAUGUCAGCGUCCUGCAAAGUCUGUAGUUCGCAAGGAAGUAGAGCCACUGUUGCGUGGAGGGAGGGAAGAUCUGUGCAGUCAAACAGAAGAAGCUGGAGAGGAAGAAAAGUAGGAAACCACCGCAGUCAUGCCCCGGAGUCUCAUUCAGCACCACUCGCUGGUGGACAGCGUCUGAGCGGUAGAGUUGACGGAGAAUCAGACGAUCUUCUCAAAACAUCUAAUCCGGAGAGAUACUUGCAGACAUCAGAUUGUGUAGAAAGAGAGAGAGAGAAAAAAACGCAUUUCCCUUUCCACUUCCCACCUCUCUUUCUGUUGUUUUCCCUAUCGUAAUCUGUGGGGGUUCACGAUGCAACAUUCAAACAGCGGGGGAAUCCAGAGCUGCUGACUGGAACUGGCUGGCAAAGACGCAGGAGGAAGAGGGGGAACCAAGCGGGAAAGGAGCACAGAUUGCAGAACUUCUUUCUUCUCCACUUUCAGCUCACUUCAACCAAGAGGGCUGAAAGGAACCCAAAGUGGACUCCACUGUGACAUUCUAUCAGCUUGGCACACCAAAAAGAAAGCCAAACAUAAUUGUGUGCUCCGGGAAAAACCAGAGAAGAGAGGCAAGCUUCCCAUCUUUGUUCUUGCCUUAUGAGAGCAGUCUCUGUAGACUCCGCUUCAGCACACUCUGUACUGUUUAGUUGCUGCAUGUAUCAUCCACUCUCAGGUGCAAGCAAGGACUAAAACACAAAGAGAGAAGAAAAGAAAGUAGAUAAGCAGAGUGAAGCGGCAUAAUUAGAGCUACUGACUUUGUGUCAGAGCAACAAACCAUGAGAAGAGACUUAUGAAGACAACUGCACUCUGAAAAGCAUUGCAGCUAACCUGCAGGACAUUUUUAUGUGUGAGUGGGGUAUAUGUAUGAACCCCUCUGUCAUUUUCAAAGGAAUUGAAUUUGUGUUUGAAUGCACAUUUAGCCUUUCAUUAUGACUCUACAAGGAGGCUUUGAGACACUGUGCAACAGUUUCCACAGAAGGGUUUUCAGCUGGCUCUUGCUUCUUUGUUAUUGUCGUUUGAUCACCUCAGCAGCUAAGCCCAAAAUGCCAGGCCACACACACCUCAACUCAAUACGCAUCGAUGGAGACAUAUCUCUGGGUGGACUUUUCCCUGUCCAUGCAAGAGGGAAUGAUGGCAAAGCCUGCGGAGAGCUAAAGAAGGAGAAAGGGAUCCAUAGGCUGGAGGCCAUGCUGUUUGCCCUGGAUCGUAUUAAUAACGACAACGAGCUGCUGCCUAAUAUUACUCUGGGGGCCCGCAUCCUUGACACGUGCUCUCGGGACACCCAUGCUCUGGAACAGUCGCUGACAUUUGUCCAGGCAUUGAUUGAGAAGGACUCAACUGAUGUGAAGUGUCUCAGCGGAGGGCCACCCAUCAUCACAAAGCCAGAGAGAGUGGUUGGAGUGAUUGGUGCCUCCGCCAGCUCCGUGUCAAUCAUGGUAGCCAACAUUUUGCGGCUGUUUAAGAUCCCUCAAGUGAGUUAUGCUUCUACAGCCCCGGAACUGAGUGAUAACACACGCUAUGACUUCUUCUCCCGUGUGGUGCCCCCAGACACCUACCAGGCUCAGGCUAUGGUUGACAUCGUCAAAGCCAUGCGCUGGAAUUAUGUCUCCACUGUAGCUUCAGAGGGAAACUAUGGAGAAAGUGGUGUUGACGCAUUUAUUCAAAAAUCUAGAGAGGAUGGCGGACUGUGCAUAUCCCAGUCAGUGAAAAUCCCACGUGAACCAAGAGUUGGAGAGUUCGACAAGAUCAUUCACCGGCUCAGUGAGAACACCAACGCUCGAGUGGUUAUUAUCUUUGCCAAUGAGGACGAUAUCAGACGCCUACUUCAAGCAGCUAAAAGAGCCAAUCAAACAGGUCAUUUCAUCUGGGUAGGUUCCGAUAGCUGGGGUUCCAAAGGUGCUCCAAUCCUGAACCAAGAGGAAAUGGCAGAAGGGGCUGUUACCAUCCUACCAAAACGACAGUCCAUUAAAGGUUUUGAUCGGUACUUCAUCAGCCGAACAUUAGAGAACAACAGACGAAAUAUCUGGUUUGCAGAGUUUUGGGAGAACAACUUCCAGUGCAAGCUUAGUCGACAUGCUGUGAAGAAAGGAUCUGGCAUCAAAAAGUGUACAAAUCACGAGCGGAUUGGAAAAGAUUCAUCGUACGAACAGGAGGGGAAGGUCCAAUUCGUUAUAGAUGCUGUAUAUGCCAUGGCUCAUGCUCUCCAUAGUAUGCACAAAGACCUCUGUCCUGGAAAAGUUGGCCUCUGCCCCAAAAUGGAGACCAUCAAUGGCACACUACUUCUCAAGUAUAUUCGCAAUGUCAACUUUACAGGAAUUGCUGGCACCCCUGUGGUCUUCAAUGUGAAUGGAGACGCUCCUGGUCGCUAUGAAAUUUACCAAUAUCAGAUCAGCAGCAACAACACAGGAUACAAGAUCAUUGGGCACUGGACAGAUCAGCUCCACCUCAAUACUGAUGAGAUGCAAUGGCCAGGUGCAACUCAAGAAGUCCCAUCCUCCAUCUGCAGCCAGCCAUGCCGUCCUGGGCAGCGCAAGAAGACAGUGAAGGGGAUUCCAUGUUGUUGGCACUGCGAGAGUUGUGACGGUUAUCAGUAUCAGGCAGACACUUACACCUGCAAGAUGUGCAGAUUUGAUUUGCGGCCCAAUGGGAACCACACCGGAUGUGUUCCUAUUCCCAUUGUCAAGCUGGAGUGGAGCUCUCCUUGGGCAGUCAUUCCUGUCUUGAUUGCAGUGCUGGGCAUCAUAGCCACUUUGCUAGUGGUUGCUACGUUUGUUCGCUACAAUGACACGCCCAUUGUGAAGGCAUCAGGUCGAGAACUGAGUUAUGUCCUGUUGACGGGUAUCUUUUUGUGUUAUGCCACAACUUUCCUCAUGAUCUCCACCCCGGAUGUCUUUGUAUGCUCACUGCGCAGGAUUUUUCUUGGGCUGGGCAUGAGUAUAAGCUAUGCAGCACUGCUAACCAAGACAAAUCGGAUCUACAGGAUUUUUGAGCAGGGCAAGAUGUCUGUCAGUGCUCCUCGGUUCAUCUCUCCAGCCUCUCAGUUAGUCAUCACGUUCAGCUUGAUAUCAGUGCAGCUUCUCGGAGUGUGCAUCUGGUUUGGGGUCGAUCCUUCACAAGCCAUUAUCGACUAUGAGGACCAGCGUACAGCCAAUCCUGAAACGUCCAGAGGUGUACUAAAGUGUGACAUAUCAGAUCUGUCUCUCAUCUGUCUGCUGGGUUAUAGCAUGCUUCUGAUGGUCACCUGCACAGUUUAUGCGAUCAAAACGAGAGGAGUUCCUGAGACAUUCAACGAGGCCAAGCCCAUUGGAUUCACCAUGUACACCACCUGCAUUGUUUGGUUGGCCUUCAUCCCCAUCUUUUUUGGAACUUCACAGUCAACAGAAAAGAUGUAUAUCCAGACAACAACCCUGACAAUCUCUGUCAGUCUCAGUGCAUCGGUUUCCCUGGGAAUGCUCUACAUGCCGAAGGUCUAUGUGGUUCUCUUUCAUCCAGAGCAGAAUGUGCCCAAGCGCAAGCGCAGCCUGAAGGCCGUGGUCACUGCAGCCACCAUGUCGAACAAGUUCAACCCCAAAGGAGGCCUGAGGCCAAAUGGAGAGGCCAAGUCUGAACUCUGUGAAAGUCUGGAAACACAAGAUUGUAUUGAGGGAGGGGACCCUUGUGAGGGACUUUAGACUCCCAGUGUUGGCCUCGAAGCAGACAUACAUAAGUUACAGCAAUCAUGCCAUCUAAGACGGAGACAAGUCCUGAGACAAGAGCAAAGGCCUGCAGGGGGAGGAAUCACCUGUUUUUAAGGGAUAACUGGAAUUUUGAUGGAGAACUUUGAUGAUGCUGCAAAACAAAGGACUGGGAAAGAUUCAUGGAAAUUAUUCACUCAGAAAAGGAUGCCAUAUUUUUCUAGGGAAUAAGGCUUGAAUGCCAGAUUAAUAUUAAAUCAGUAUAUUGCAGAAUUGAGAUGGAAGAUGUAAAAGAGCUUAAAUAGAUAGGAAUUCUCCUUCUCCGGCUCUUUUUGAGACAUUAGAGAGCUGAUUAUUGACGUUUUUGAAUCACGCUGAGAAGAACACCUGGAGUUUGUAGUAUGUUUUUUCUUCUGGAGUGUAUAGCACAGAAAUCAUCAGUUCUCUGUAAGGCUGAACCAUGUCAUUUUUGCAAAAUAAGAGAAUAUUCUGUUGGGUUUUUUUUCUCUUUUUUGUUUCUUUUUUACUCAAACGCAGUUGACAAGAUGAACCAUUAUAGAAAAGUAGUAUUUUCAUUUACAGUGGAGUUGAAAUCUGCAGUUCUCUUCAUACUGUACAUGCCUUACUACAGCACACUCAGUAUUCCUUCAUGAACUAACCACAUGUGAAAGACAUGAAAAUAAAUCAGUGGGUCAGCCCAGUUGUCUGGUAAAAUGUUCAUUAUGACAAUGAUGACAUCGUCGCAAUCAUCUUGGGAAACCUCCUGUACAGUCCCAGAGCAUGCUAAUGGGAACAUCCCGUGUACCGUGCUGUGUUUUCAGUGUCUUUGGAAUGCAACAUUGUCACAUUUGUCAUUCACAGUGAAGAUGUCGUUUUGAGCCGUUGCCUGUUCGACAACCCUCUGCUGGACAAAAGAGCAAUCAUACACAAAAAGAGGCACAACGGCAUUGCAAUCUGAUUUUUUUAACAUCAGUCUACACUCCAUACAUGUCAGCAGGCUUGAUAAUACAUAUUUUCAACAUAAACAAAAUGGUCCUUAUUUAUCUUGCACUGACAGAACCUGUAGGAAAGUCAAGGAGUUAUCUGAUUGUUCAGAUUUUACCUCAGCCAACACUCAUUGUUUUUGACAGAACCGGGUUAUUAGGAUGGAGUCUAUUCCGUUUCUUCCGAUGUUAAAGACACAGUGCAGAAUUUUACCCUGCAUUUAGAAAUAUUAAUUCACUCUUAUCUCAGUGAAGCAGAAAUAGGACAUUAUAGACAGCCAACAGUAUUUGCACCUAAAUGCAGGGUUUAACUAAAUGGUUGGUUUUGUAAUGAUAAGAGACCUCAACAUAUCAGUGUUUUGCACGUUUUAAAAUAUAAACCUAAAAAACAAUAGGCCUUCGCAGCGCUUUGCUGCUCGGGCCUAAUGAUGGGUAAUAAGCAGGAGACUGAAUACACAGGGCCUCAUUAAAUAGUUUGCAGUUUUUGUUUUGUCACUUAACAUUUUGCUGUCUUUCUUGUUUUUGAUAUCAUCUGUGAUCAGUGAGGUCUUCAUUAGCAUUUCUAGAGUCAAGUAUGGUUUACAUAAGCUGGAAAAUUUAGAGUAAUUGAGAUCUUUCAUGUAGAAAAAUGAGAAUGUUAAAGUAGACUAGUAAAGAAGUUGGUGAUGGCCAGUUUUUCUUUCAGCUCUUUCAGGUUGUUUGGACAGAAAACAAACUGGCUCAGUUUUUCAUAGCCUCCUUUUCUUAAACUAAAGAUGAACCAGGAUGAGGAAAACAUCCUUUUAUCAAGCACAAUCUUGCUCCUUGCAAAAGUUUACAUACACAUUGAACUUUUCCAAAUUGUAUCAUAUUAUCAUGAAUUUUAUGUAAUAGUUUUAAACCAACAGAAAAAAGUGCAUAUUUGUUAAAAAAAAUAAAAAUUAAAUGGGAUUUUCUAAUUAUUUUUACAAACACAAAAUAUAGUGAAUGCCUUUUAGAACUCUGGGUCUUUUUCUGCCAUGUGUCGCUGCCAGCUGUGCACAUCUUUUAUGUAAAUACACUGAUUAUUAUUUGCGAAAUGCAGAACUUCAAGUUUAGUUGUAUUUCAUGGAAAGUGUCAGUGAACAUCAAUAUUCUAGUCUGAAGACUCUCGGUCCCAGUUCCAAGUCUUUUGCAGAUUUUUUUCCACGUUUUGUCUUGCAUUGAGCUCCAUUCUCCCUCCCCUUCGUUGAUUUCCUUAAGAAGGCAUCCCCAUAGCAUGAUGCUACAAUCACUGUUUCAUGGUGGAUAUUGUGAUAUAUACAGAUCAGAAAGUUCACAUCUAAAACUUAACAUACAAGAGGAAUCAGUUUAAUAAUUGGAUCACUUGUGAAGACAGUUGCUUCACAACAUUAUUUUUAAGAAUGUCAGAAAAAAGGCAGCUCAUUGCAAAUGAAAAAAAUUAAAUAAAGGAAAAAGGCAGAUUCCCCUAAUUAAAUGUCACUCUUAGUUGCCAUCUGUGACCUACACUCAAAGAGGAAUUCUUGCAAGAAUGAGAACAGCAAGGAGACAUAUGUGAUAAGCUUAGUGCCCUUUCAAUAUGAUCUGCUCUAACUAGACAGAGGGACUAUCUGACUAUGCAAGUCUUAUCACUGAUGUUUGUCACAGAAGGUCUGGAACCAGCAUUUCUGGCUCAGCAUUAUAACUCUUAAUUGGGAGGACCUAACUUUCAGUAUAGAGAAACUGUCCAUCUUUAUCUCUAGACCCUCCCAAAGAUCCAGUACAAUGAAUCUCCCAAAAGUCCAACCACCUGCAAGAGGAAAAGUGAAUAGGUUUUUGUUUCAGGUUAAACAAACAAUUAAGGAAAAAAUGUCUAAAUUUCACCUAACACUCAUUUAAUUUAACUGAGCAAAUAGGUAUGAGCUUUUAGUGUGGAUAGUUACUGCAUGGACAACUGUCUUGCAACUGGCAACAAGUUGUUUCAUCCCAGCUGAUGUAAUAAGAAGUAAUUUCUAAAAACUAACAUGAAGACAUCCUGUGGAAAGGUUAUUAGUCUAUUCAAUAUCUAAGAAAAUUGCAGAAGCUAAUAAGAUUGGAUUGAGUACCGUCUAACGCACAGGCGUCAAACUCUAGUCCACAAGGGCCGCUGUCCUACAAAACACUUGAAUGAAAUGGCUUAAUUACCUCCUUCUUUUAGAUAACUUCUCCAGAGCCUUGCUAAUGACCUAAUUGUUCUAUUCAGGUGUGGUGCAGCAGAGGCACAUCUAAAAGUUGCAGGACAGCAGCUCUUGAGAGCUGGAGUUUGACACCCCUGGUCUAUUGUGUUGUGUAAAAAAAACUGGAGGGAUAUUGGGGGACCGUUGUCGUUGAGGAUGAAACGUGGUCAGAAAAAAAAAAACCUGAAUGUUUAAGUAAUUGGUGAUCACAAACAUUUGGUGACAUCCAAUCAAAGAAGAUCAGUAGUUGAACUCAGGGGUAUAGUAGUGAAAGUAAGAGCAUUUCCACAACCGGAAUGUGAAGGAAAACCAAGGGACUGGGACAGAACAGAUGUAGGGCCAUAAACAAACCACUAGUGAUUAACUGAGAAAAAUGCCACACUUUGCAACGGAGGAUAAAAAUGAUCAGAUUAAUCCAGAUUUGCCAUUUUCCAGUAAUGGGCACAUCAGGGUAAGAAGAGAGGCAGAAGAAGUGAUGCGCCUCUCAUGCCUAGUGUUAACUAUGCAAGUUUGUGGGGGUGUACAAGUGCUAAAAUCUGGGGUUGAUGUAGUUAGUUAGCUCCAGGUGCAGUAAUAUAAUGAGGUCGGACGACUGUUUGAAAAUGCUGUAUGACCAGGUUAUUCCAUAAAUAGAUUGUUUCUUCCCCGAUUACACCGGAACUUUCCAAGAUGAGGAUGCCAAAAUUCAUCAGGCUGAAACUGCAAAUGAGUGGUUUAGGGAGCAUCAGAGGUGACUUUAACAUGUAGACCUGCCUCCACAAAGAUCAAACCUUAACACCAUUGAAAAUCUUUGUGAAGUUCUGGAGAAGGCUUUGCACACACAUGACACCUUUUGAAUUGGUUUGGCGUAAAAACAUACAUUCUUUUUCUUUUACUUCACAAUUAUAUGCUUGUGUUGGUCCAUCAGAUAAAGCUCAGUAAAAAUAUAUUAGAGUUUUUGUUUGUAAUAUGGCAAAAUGUGAUAAGGUUAAAGGUAUGUAAAUAUUUGCAAGACAAAGUAGAUGCAAUAAUAGCUGCCCGCCUGUCUUGUAUUACAGAAUCCACCGGAGUCCUGGUGUCUCUAAUAUGCAUUUGAGAACUAUUUUUAUGCCUUUCUGCCACCUGGCAAUCACAAAUAAAUAAAACAUACUAAUAGUUUCAGGAAGUAAAUGUUAUUUCUGCUUGAUAAAUAAGGGCCGGUGCCUUCAUCCUGUGCCUCCUGCCAACUACUUCUGCCAUUCUAUUUUUCACUGUCGUGUUCAGUGUGUUCUGUUCAAGCGUAAUUCAGAACUGAACGUGUACAAUUUAUAGUUAUGUGCAAACUGCAUUCCUGUCUUCAGUCUCAAGUAUUGGUCAUAAAUAGUAAAUCUGGAAUUUGUUUCAUUAAAUGUUAUCCUCAGCAAUGCAAAAGUCUGUAUGUUGCAUGUCAGAACUCAUAUGUCACAAGAACAGUUUGAGAGAAAAGCAUAGUGUUCAACAGGAAAACUGCUGCAGGUGGUUAUAAAAAACUAAGAAUUUCAAUAACGGAUUUAGUCAGCUUCAACAAGUCUACAAUAAUGCAGCAAUGGUUUUCUCAUUAUUUGAUUGAGUAUUGUUUGUGGGAUUGUUUGUGUUUGUGAAUAUCAAUAAUUUACUGUUUUUUGCCACAGAUCCUUUUUUUUUAUACAACACUGUGAGUGUUGCAAAAAUAGAAUAUGUAAGUGCUGAUUGAAGUUAAAUGGUAAGUUAAUGUAUGUUAUUAAAAUGGAUUGAUCAUGUCUGCUUUAUGUACUGACAUAUUAAAAAAUAUUAAAAAGUUACAGUGCCUGAAUAUUUAUGAAUUAUCUAUAUGAAA